GUGACGCUGACGUUACGUUGAAUUAUUGACGGUAGCGCUGCGUGCCAACGACGACCCUAAAUUAAAACAUGUGUCCCAUGAGACAUCAGGUCAAAACAUAAACUGAUACGUUAUGUACGUCAGUUCAAUUUGCGGAACAACUCUCUCAUGUCGCCUGUAAUUUUACUUUCAUUCGGCUUUUCGUCACCGUCGUUACACGUCAAACUAGUAUUUCACAGACUUCCGUCUUUGCGAGUGUUGUCAAAAUAAGAGACGUUGAACAAAGUGCACCAACUAAACACGUUGUCCUCACAACAAGAACACAGGGGGGAGGAGAGGGGUGCAAAUGAUAAUGGUACUUUUCAGCAUGUGUCAAAUGUCUUUAGAUUUAACAGCUGUGUUAAAUGCAACUCUUCCUGUUUUACACAGCUGUUGCUUAAUAGUACACUAAGAUUACCCCACUGCCAGGAAGUAUAGCUUUUUUGUUUUUCUUUGACGUCUUCCAUCUUCCUUGUUUGAGUUCUUCUAUCUGAUGCAAUUCCAAAUGCAUUUCUUGUCAGAGUUUUCGGCGUGGCGUGCGUAGACUGCAGGAUUCCUGCCCGGUGCAUCUUCCCCUGCCUUUGAAUGCCAUGUCACCCGCUCUCUCUGCCAGCCAGCCAGCUUCCUGCAGUGAAGAAGCCACCUCUGCAGACUUUGGGACAUUAAUGUCCCCUGUUUGGUCGCCUCUUCCUCUCGGUGCGUUAAGACAAGGAUGCCUUUGAGUCUCCCCGUCCAGCUGCACCGCCUCAUUCACAAGCGCGGACACUACCUCCCCUGUGUAAUCGCUCGCUACCCUGAGAAAUGAAGAAGAAGAAGAGGAAAACGAACAAAACAGGUUGAUGGACGUGAUUCAGGGGGACGCCGCACGAGGGGGGGAAAUCGAGGAGGGGAACGCGUGUCAGGAUUCAAUAAUGUUAUCAGACAUCUAAUUCUCUCUUAUCAGGAAGGAAUUCUUUUGCCAGGUUCAGACAAUGCCCCCGGAAAGACUGCAAGAGUAACGCCGAGGUGUGGCCUACUUUCUGCUUUUCUGUGUAUCAACAGCUCUGAAAAAAAAGAACCGCAGAUGUUGCUUCCUGGAGUACACUGAUGGUGCUGAGAUGAUUGCUCAUCACUAACUCCCUCUAAACUCUCCUCCUCCUUCCUCUAUGGGCACUGCAUUUGUGUUCACUAAUCGCUCUCUCUCCCCUCCCCCUUGGGCACACACACACACACAAACGCACAAAAAGAGCACACACAGAAACUGAUGCGAGUUCCCCUAUCUGUCAGAGCCAGUUCCUCCAUUUAAGAUGCUGACUUGUUUAUGUUAAAGGUGCAAGUGGCUGACUUUUCUUUGCUCUUGUACUCCACUUUGAAGCUUUUUUUGUUUUUCCUCUCAGCGUGUCCGCCUUGUUGCAGGCCGACUGAGCGUCAAGUCUGUGUUCUCGCUCAUCUGUGCUGGACAGAUACCUCCAGAUAGAAGAGAGAGAGCAGGGGGGCGGGGGGGCGAGAGAGAGGGGGAGCUUGACUGACACGCAGCGGGUCGGUGAGCAGGUUUGUUUAGGCGCGGCGUGGAGUCUAGUCGAUGACCGGCAGGUGGGCGGCCGUCGGCCCCGGCAGCGCUCCGUCCUGUGCCUGCUCUCGCAGCCCCGGGCACGGGAACACAUAGAGGACACGGAGGAGCAGCAGGAGGAGGUGGAGGAGCCGGCUCGACCAUGGAGCUGUAGGGGACACGCUCAGAUGCCCGUUGGGAUUACCAGGGGAGGAGGUGUGCCACUGAGGAGAAAAGCCCCGCAAUGAACAAGACCAAGAGGAAGCCCAAUGGGGAGGGCAGGAAGCUGGUCCAGCGGAGGAGGAACACAUGUCCCAGUCCUCAGGACAUCACGCGGGCCCUGCAGAGCCCCAGCUCGGCCCCCAGCGCCAGCGCCGCCAGCCUGGACGAGCUCAUACAGCGCUGCCUGAACUGCUUCGACUCGGAAGGGAAACUCUUCACCCCCAAAGGGACCCGGCUGGUCCAGAUGACCCUGAUGAUGCACAGUUGGGUCGUGCCGUCUCAGAUGUUUGCUCAGAAACUUCUCGCCCUUUACAAGGACUGUCCCUCGGACAAGAGGGGGCCAAAGCGGACGCAGAUCUGCCAGCUUAUCAGGCAGUGGAUCAGCCAGUUCCCGGCGGUGUUCGAGGCAGACCCCCUCCUGGAGCAGACCAUGGGGGACCUGUGGGCGCUGGUCCGCUCAGACGGAGAGGAGACGCAGCUCAUCGACACCUCCUGCUUAGGCCCUCAUGGGAACAUAUUCCAGGCACCCUCGCCCUCUGUGAAGAAGAGGAAGGUGUCUUUGAUCUUCGACCACAUGGAGCCAGAUGAGAUGGCCGAGCACCUCAGCUACCUGGAGUUCAAGAACUUCUGUAACGUUUCAUUCCUGGACUACCGGAGCUACGUGGUGCGAGGCUCGGUGAGGGACAACCCGGCCCUGGAGCGCUCGGUCAUGAUGUGUAAUGGAGUCUCCCAGUGGGUGCAGCUGAUGAUCCUCAGCAGACACACGGCCCAGCAGAGAGCCCAGGUCUUCACUAAGUUCAUCCACGUGGCUCAGAAACUCCGAGCCCUGCAAAACUUUAACACUCUAAUGGCGGUGACCGGAGGCCUCUGUCACAGCUCCAUCUCCCGCCUCAAGGACACCUCUAACCUGCUGCCUCCCGACAUCACUAAGGCCCUGAGUGAGAUGACAGAGCUGCUCUCCUCGCGCAGCAACUACGUCAACUACCGGCGGGUUUACAACGUGUGCAGCGGCUUCAAGGUGCCCAUCCUGGGCGUCCACCUCAAGGACCUGAUCUCGCUGAACGAGGCUCUGCCGGACUACAUCAACGAGGAGAAGAUCAACCUGAGCAAGCUGGAGCACCUGUACAGCAACAUCAGCGACCUGGUGGCCCUCCACAGCUGCACGCCGCCCUUCGAGGCCAACAAAGACCUCCUGCAUCUGCUCACGCUCUCUCUAGAUUUAUACUACACCGAGGACGAGAUAUACGAACUUUCGUACACCAAGGAGCCCAAGAACACCAAGAUCCAGCCCGUCGCUCCGGUCAAAGCGCCCGUAGUGGCGGAGUGGGGUUCAGGGGUCACGCCCAGGCUCGACCCCGACACCAUCUCCAAACACGUCAAGCAGAUGGUGGAUUCUGUAAUGAAGAACUACGACCAGAGCCAGGACGGUUACAUUGCACUGGAGGACUUUGAGAAAAUAGCAUCCAACUUCCCCUUUUCCUUCUGCACUCACGAAACAGACAGGGAGGGACAAAUCAGCCGUGAGGAAAUCACCUCUUACUUCAUGAGGGGAAUGUCCAUAUGUGCCAAGCUGGGCUUCAACUUCAACGCACACAACUUCCAUGAAACCACGUACAAACGGCCCACGUUCUGCGAGACGUGCGGAGGCUUUCUGUGGGGAGUCAUCAAACAGGGCUACCACUGUAAAGACUGUGGGAUAAACUGCCACAAGCACUGCAGAGAUCUGGUGGGGAUUGCGUGCUUGAAGAAACACAAGAACACAACGGGGUCCUGCCCGUGCACCCCGGGCCCCAACCCGAGGACCAAGGGUUCAGAGGAGGAAGCCUUCGUAUUCCCCCAAAGCAACGACACAGAAAACAACCAGGACGUGUGGGACCGCUCCACUCAGACGGAUCCUGGAGUGUGGACGCCGGAGAAAAAGGACAAGAGGGGAAACCACCACAACUCGCCAGUGCAUGCGCCACUGGAGAGAAAGGUCAACACGCUGCCCCACCGAAGCCGAGGGUGCUCCGUGCCCGUCUCCUUCCUGCAGGAGAAGAUGGAGGAGCUGCACCUGCACAGAGACAAGAGCCGAGAGCCGGACUGAGCGCUCCGACCGCCCACCUUUCCCCCGCCAUGGACAGAGAGCCCCACAGGCCACCGCCUUGCCCACAAACUGCUGUUGAACCGAUGAGAUUUUAGUGGCCGUUGGCACCACGACACGGGAGGUUAUGUGUACAGACUCCCACGUGUUUCAAGUACGAUUAUGACGUGUUAUUUUAUUUUUGUCAGUCUUGUGAGUUUCGGCUCCGAGCAACUGUUCCUGCUGUAACUUAUGAACGCCUCACUUAAGAACAGGUGCCUUUGUUCUCUGGUGCUACGACUCAACCUCAGUCCAUUAGGUCAUCUACGACCACAGAAAUGGGCUUGCUGGUCCUAUUUACACAUGCAGGGUAGGAAAUAAACACUAACCAUCGAGGUGGUCACUGUGGCAGCUAUUUGACAACUCUGCUCAUGAAGUUGGAAACCAAGCCAGCAAAACCAUUUCAGAGUCGCAAUUUGUUUGGUGAUUUGAAGAUGCAGACGUAAUAUGUCAACCAGUAGGUGCCACUCUGCGUAUACUGUGUUUGACUUUUCUAUUCCUUGGCAAUGAAGCCAUUUAUUAGUGGCAAUAAUGGUCGCGUGACAUUUCCAUCUGGUUAGUUUCUUGAGCUUUCUGAAAAUGUGCCAUCACUUAAAUGUCUAAAUUCAACAUUAGUUGGCAAAUGUUGAGACUUUGGUCUCGUCACGCAGUGGAAGCACCAUGUGAAGUUUAAUCCACGAUUGCUAAAGGUGGAAAAUGUUAAUUUCCUGCCCUGUCAUCAUUUUAGCUUUCUUUCAAGGUACGACUGCACUGGAAUUAUACUUUGUUUUAUCCUAUGUCCACAAUGUCAAUCGUGUUGGAGAGAAGAUACACCAGCAGUGAUAAACCAUUCAGUAUG